UCGUACACCUCAAGGAAAUUUAAUGUACACAUUCAUAUUGGAUUACCGAGUAUGGCAAUAGGAUCGAAUAGUGUAUGUACCUAAGGGUCGAUUCCACUGUUGUGUUAAAUGGAGGUUAAAAUGACAUUGUUAAUGUAAAAAUGUAAUUUUAAACUUCGUUUAACACAACGGUGGAAUCGAUCCUAAAUGGUAUGACAGGUGGCAGAAUAGCCUUGAAGGCUGCAGUGCUGUCACAAUGGAGCCCUAGAAGAGUCAGUCCUAGGUGAAUCAGAUAACCAAGUCUAAAAAAUCAUACUUCACUCCACCGACUAAACUUUUUCAUUUGGCAACAUUGUACGCAUUAUACAUUCCGAUAACUGUCAGUAGGGUCAGUAGUGUCAACUGUCAAUUAUUCUGACAAGUUCAAUAUUUUUAUCUUAAAAAUUAGAAUUAGAACAUGAAUCCUUUAAUAAAAGCUUUAAAGCCACCAAGUAUUUGGUUGAAAAAUAACGCAAUAUUAGUAACAGCAGUCAGAAAUCAUUGGAACAAGGACUACAAACCUGGCCCCUAUCCCCAAACGGAAGAAGAAAGGCUAAAAGCCGCAGCUAAAUAUGGUUUGGAUCCUAGAGAGUACCAACCAUAUCCUGAUGAUGGUCAGGGUUCUGGAGACUAUCCAAAAUUACCUCUGGAAUCAAUGGAAUCUAGAGAUCCUUAUUAUCCCUGGGAUAAUCCAGAAUUGAAAAGAAAUUUUAACGAACCUUUACAUGCAGAAUAUGAUUUAAUAAGAGAAGAUAGAUACGAUGUGAGCGCUAAAUUGCGAGUUCCAUUGUGGGGUAUGUGGGCGCAGUUUUUAGGUACUAUGUUUGGUACUUACAUAAUUUACCGUCUAUUAGAUAAUGUGAAAAUGUUCCAUUCAGUUAUACCUAAGCAAUAUCCAAACAAUGGAAAAACACAUUAUACUUUUGAUUCAGAUGAAUGAGUUUGUAAUAAAUAAUUGUUAUUUUACUUUAGAAAAGAUAUUUAAAUGUAUAGAGAU